AUGUCUGUGUUUCAGGAAUCAGUGACAUUCAAGGAUGUAGCUGUGAUCUUUAGCCAAGAGGAGUGGGGACAACUGAACCCUGCUCAGAGAGAUCUGUACAGGGAUGUGAUGCUGGAGAACUAUAGAAACCUCGUCUCAUUGGGCCAAGAAUAUAACCAAUAUGGGGAAAUCAUUAACUACUUAUCUCUUACUCAACAUCAGAGAAGUCACACUGGAGAGAGUCCCUAUGAAUGUAAGGAAUGUGGGAAAAUCUUUAGUUGGAAAUGCAAUCUUACUCGACAUCUUUUAACACAUACUGGAAAAAAGCCUUAUAAAUGUAAGGAAUGUGGAAAAACCUUCUUGAACCAUUCCUACCUUACUGCCCAUAAGCGAAUUCAUACUGGGGAGAAACCCUAUGAAUGUGAUGAAUGUGGGAAAGCCUUUUCUAAACAUUCUUCCCUUAUAGAACAUGAACGAAUUCAUACUGGAGAGAAGCCUUAUAAAUGUAAUGAAUGCGGAAAAGCUUUCAGACAUAGGAGUGCCAUUAUGAGACAUCGCAUGACUCAUACAGGAGACAGUCCCUAUAAAUGUAGUGAAUGUGGAAAACCAUUCUUAAAUCCUUCAUCCCUUAUGGUUCAUGAAAGAAUUCAUACUGGUGAGAAGCCUUAUGAAUGUGAUAAAUGUGGAAAAGCCUUUGCUAGGCAUUCAUCUCUUUCUUUACAUCAGAAGAUUCAUACUGAAGAGAAGUCCUUUGGAUGUGAUGAAUGUGGAAAAACCUUCUUUGACUUUUCAUCACUUACUCGACAUCAAAAAACCCAUUCUGGAGAGAAACCCUAUUUAUGCAGUGUGUGUGGAAAAGCCUUUUGUAGCAAGGCAUCUAUCAUUCAACAUCAGCGACGUUAUGCCAAAGAGUAAAUCUGAGAAUAUAUCUUGGACAAAACUUUAGUUAGGCUUAUGACUUUAUUAAAUACCAAAGAGUCAAGUUAGCAUGCGAAACACCAUAAAAACAUAAAAUUGGUUCUACCUUAAACAAAUCUCUUCAUAUAUACUUCCUCAUAACUGAUAAUAUUGGCAACAGUGGCUUUAAAAGGAUGAAAUUCAAUGUUGAAGUGCUGUGAAGAAGCAGGCACAUUGUAAUGCUGCUGAUAGAACCAUGAAUUGUACCACCUUUUGAAAGCAUUAUAUAAUAUCUAAAAAAACUAUACCUUUUCAUGAAAUACUCCUAGUUCUGGAAUUGUACCCUAAGAAUGUUAAAAAUCUUAUUGCUACAAAAAUUUUAAUAGCACAUUAGGGAAUUUAGUAUAUUAACAUAUUGGACUGUUAUUACACUAUCAGAGGUGACAAAUAUGAAGAACACAAAGAAGAUCAGAAGACAAAUAUAAAAUGAUGCUGAGAAAAGAAAACCCAAAAUUAGAUCCUAAGCUACAUACAGAAUCCAUAAAAAAAAAACCAUAAAUUUUAAAAGGGUAGGGGAAAUAGAAACAUUCUUUGUUAAUCUCUUGUUAACAUAUACACAUUUUAAGUGUUUUUAAACUACCUUUAAGUUUAAAGUUUCACAUGCAUUAUUUUUUAAAAAAUAUUCUUUGUCAGUUGGUAUGGAUGGAAGGGAGGGACCAUGA